AUGACAGAGCCUCAGAAUAGCAGGCCGGUUGGCCGCCGGAGACGACCGAAGGUUCCCGACGCUUUGCGGAAGAGGACCGCACGAGCAUAUCACAAGGAGAAAUGUCAGGGCGGGAUGCCUUGCUUGCGAUGCCAACGGUACAAGAGAAACUGUCAGUACAGCCAGGCCCCUGCGCAACCAGCUAGUAAUGGCACCACAAGAGCCAGCACCUCCCCACAACAGGGCUCAGAUAAGGAACGGUGUCUCGAAAGGAUAGUGCGCCAUUUCAUGGGCGAUAUAUCAUUCGAGCAAUCAAAUCUUCAAUUCGUGGCGGAUGCUCUGGAGAGGGACCGAGUAAGCUCAAGGAAGCCUUCCACCCUAGCGCCGGGGCCGAGCGAGCUCUAUUCCAUUCAUCCGCUUUCCACGAGUACGAUGAUCUACUCUGGGGAAUUUUCUCAUUGGAAUUUCUCACGGAUGAUCCGCCGAAAAUUGCAAAGUCUGGGAAACGAUCCCGACGACAGCAUGACGGGAGACUCUCACACGGCUCAUGAUCCUUUCCGUGCAACUGGUCUUCAGUCUCCUAGUUCAAUUGUUGCUUCAGCGAGAAAGUAUUUCCCGCCGCGACAUAUAGCAGAAUUCUUGUUGGAAACAUUCCUCGAAUAUACCCAGACGAAUUAUUACUAUUUCGACGAAACCGAAUUCCGGCAGAAGUUAGACUACUAUUAUACCGAGGAUCGAUACCUAGAUAUCAACGACGCCGGCUGGAUCUGUACCCUUUUUAUGACGUUCGCAUCUGGGACUCAGUUCGCUUACAUGCAUGCUAGCCGACCCCCAUACUUGCAGAGUAUGUCCGGCGAAGACCACCUACCUGAUGAUACCAUUGGCCUCGCGCUCUAUAGAUUCUCGUGCCGCCUAAUCCCCGAUCUUAUUACCACCGCCUCCGUCGAAACUGUCCAGGCGUUUUUAUUGUUCGGGGUUUAUACAAUGCCGAUUGAUACCUCUGGUCUUGCCUACACUUACCUUGGACUUGCUAUAAAGAUGGCUAUCCAGAAUGGUAUGCAUCGUCAGUUUGGAGAGGAAGGUCUAGAUGCACGCACGAUUGAAUUGCGUAAUCGUCUUUGGUGGUCUGCGUACGCACUGGAUAGACGGAUCAGCAUCCUUCACGGACGCCCAGUCUCCGUGUCCCCAACUGAAAUAGACUGUGAUAUGCCUAAAGACAUACCCGAAUUGCGUCCCCCGGGCCGAGUCACAAAUCUACCCAAUCUCACUGCUACUCUCCAGCUGACUGAGCAGCUUGCGAAGGUUGCACCCAUCAUAUCCCGACUGCAAAAUUGUCCAGGGGAGCUCCAUCAGAUCUAUCUUAAGCAGCUCCUACGUGUACGCGAUGAACUCAGGAGCUGGUGGGCCACCCUGCCCGAAGAUGUGCACUGCCGGGACUUUGAUCCCUCCAAGCCGCUUUUUCGCUAUAAUGUCCACUUGGAACUGACGUACGCUACGAUAAUCAUGUACAUGGGUCGUCCCCUGAUUCUUGCCGGCAUGCCAAGCUCAUCGGCCUCUGCUGAGGGCGGCUCCGACUCAGCCGUAGAUGCUGGUGCAAUGUUGUGUUCUGACUGCGUUCAGGCUGCUCUCCGAAUCGUCGAGCUAUGUCAAUUACUACAGGACACUGUCGGUGUAGCACGAGUUUCGUAUACUGAAUUUAGCUCCUGCCGUGCGGCGCUCUUGGCUAUUAUCGCCCAGAGCUUGAAUACACGAACAGAGCGGCUACGUGGAGCACUUACGCAAGGCAUGGGUCUGAUACGCCGGAUGUGUGUUGGCCUUCAGUCAGCUCGUUCAGAAGUAGCAGUUAUUGAGGCGCUUGAGCGCGCAGCCCAGCGUCUGGACAACCGAACUGAAAAUGAAGACACAGCCUCUGGUGAAUCAGGCGUCGGAUACAACCAGUUUAGGCGCUGGGCUAUGCUAUGGCAGUCCGAGACCCCUCCAUCCAAUGUAGGGGGCGAAUCUGAGCACAUUGGGCUCGAAAAUGCGCAGUUACCAACAGGAUCUUUUGACGGAUUCUUCUCUUCCUUUCCCCAAGAGCUCGGGGCUUUUGCAUCUUUUCCAGAAACAGGGAUGCAGUUUGGCGAGAGCUUGCCAACCAUGCUUUGGCCUGAUGACUUAUCACUACCAGCGUUCCCUCCAAACCCGGAUGCUCCCAUUUGA